CAGGUUGGUGUAAUUGCUCCUCCUGGCCGCCGGGUGGCGCUGGCGGCCUGUGGCUGUAAACCCUGCCUGCCUCCUUCCUGGGUCAGGGCCGUGGAGUUUAGACUUUGAAAGUGUAAAUUCAUGCUGACUCGAGUCAUGAACAAAGAAGCGGUGCAGGCAGCAGCCAAGGAGUUUCUGCACUUUGUCAACAAAGGGCCGUCUCCAUACCAUGUCGUUGAAGAAUGCAAACGGCGCCUCCUGGAGGCCGGCUUCACCGAGCUCAAGGAGUCGGAGCAGUGGGACAUCAAGCCCACCAGCAAGUAUUUCAUGACGAGGAACUUCUCCAGCCUCAUCGCCUUCGCCGUGGGCGGAGCCUACCGGCCUGGGAACGGCUUCUCCAUGAUCGGCGCCCACACCGACAGCCCCUGCCUCAGGGUGAAGCCGCGGUCCAAGAGGACGAAGCAGGGCUGCCUGCAGGUGGGCGUGGAGUGUUACGGCGGCGGCAUCUGGAACACCUGGUUCGACCGGGACCUGACGGUCGCCGGCCGCGUCAUGGUCAAGAGCGACGGGAAGCUGGUCCACCGCCUGGUCCACGUCCCCCGGCCCCUCCUGCGGGUCCCCCACCUGGCCAUCCACCUGCAGCGCGACGUCAACGACUCCUUCGGCCCCAACAAGGAGAACCACCUGGUUCCCAUCAUCGCCACGGCGAUACAGGAGGAGCUGGAGACGGGAGCCUGCUCAUCCGGAGACGCCUCCUCGGCCUCCAGCACGGAGGAGAAGCAUCACCCCGCCCUCCUCCAGCUGCUCUCCUCUCAGCUCCGCCUCCAGCCUCAGGCUCUCCUGGACUUCGAUCUCUGUCUGGUCGACACUCAGCCGGCGGCGCUGGGAGGCGUUUACCAGGAGUUCAUCUACGCUCCUCGCCUGGACAACCUGCACAGCUGCUACUGCGCGCUGCAGGGCCUGAUCCAGUCGUGCGCCGGCGGCUCUCUGGCGGCGGAUCCCAACAUCCGGAUGAUCGCGCUGUACGACAACGAGGAGGUGGGAUCAGAGAGCGCCCAGGGAGCGCAGUCCAACCUGACGGAGCUCCUCCUCAGCCGGCUCGCCUCCUCCCCCGCCAACCCCACCGCCUUCCAGCAGGCGGCGCCGCUCUCCUUCAUGAUCAGCGCCGACAUGGCGCACGCCGUGCACCCCAACUACGCGGAGAAGCAUGAGGAGAACCACCGACCCUCCUUCCAUAAGGGCCCCGUCAUCAAGUUCAACAGCAACCAGCGCUACGCCACCACCGCCGUCACCGCCUGCCUGGUCAGGGAGGUGGCCGGCCGCGUGGGCGUGCCGCUGCAGGACGUGAUGGUGCGUAACGACAGCCCCUGCGGGACCACCAUCGGCCCCAUCCUGGCCUCCCGUCUCGGCAUCCCGGUGGUGGACAUCGGCUCCCCCCAGCUGUCCAUGCACUCCAUCAGGGAGAUGUGCUGCACCUCCAGCGUGCUGCAGAGCACCACCCUCUUCAAGGGCUUCUUUGAGCUGUUUCCCACCAUCAGGAGCUCGCUGGUCGUCGACUGAGGAGCCCCGGCUACAGAAAAACGUCAACCACUCACUUUUUUUUUUUCUCUGCUAAAUGUCAGAAGAUGGGUUCGUUUUAGCCGACGGAUAUUUUAUAUCUUCCUUCUGAACAAGUCGUUGAGAAAUAAAGGUCUGAAAUUCUU